AUGAUUGAAUUGGGCUAUGGACACCGUGAAUCAACUUUCAAAACAACUCGUAACUGGAUGGCAUCAGUAGACGAAUCUACCUUUUCAUGCUUGGCUCGUCGCAGGGAGGAUAAUGGAGAUACUCAACGAGAACUAAUCACCAGCGGGUUGAUUCUCGAGCAAUUUCUUGAAGCCACCUCCAAUUCAAGCACCUCCUGCGGUGACGUUCCUGAUGGCUCGGCCAGUAGAUGUGUCUUACCCUCCUCCAUUGCGCGUUACCUGCUAGAGAUAAUCAAGGAGAAAGCGGGUUUUCGGCACUCCCUCACAAGCCUCCUGCCUACAGAGAUACAAGAGUCCACUCAAUGCUACGUUGGAUACGAAUUUCGUCAUCGAAAAGUGCGCUGUCGCAGCUGUGAGCCACAGAGCAAGGGCCCUCAGCUGGGAAAUCCCACUCUCUCCUCUUUUCUGUUUGAACGUCUCAUAAUGAGUCGGCAGGAGCAACAGCGAUGCCCCAUUUCCCCACCGCGAAAACGCCUUUCGCUAUCAGACUCAGAAAUAUGCUACGCAAAAGACUUAGCAGGAUCCACAGAGCACGAGCCUGUGAAUUGCAAUAAUACCAAAUCAUCCCAAAAAAGUUCAGUUGAGAGCUCUUUGAAGACUGUUGAAGUGGCUGCUUCUCCAGAAGAACCGAAAACUACUCCAGUUUUCGUUGCAAAGGAGGAGAUAACGGGGACAGAGGAGGUAGUCAAUGAAGCUACUUCGUUAGACUCCCCACCAGUUUCAAAGGAAUCAGAGGCAACUUUGUUUGAGGCUCUGCCAACGGAAGUUCCAAAGACCUCCAAAAAAAAGACCGUGAGAUUUGCAGAUGAUAUCGGUGAUGCACUGUUCCAGGAAAGAGUGAUCAUAGACACAGCUCUUCCGCCAACCCUGCAUCUAGAACGGCCAUUCUCAUUUGACGAUGAUUUUCGGGAUAUGGGCGAUCUAGACGAUUCUUUGCGGGGAGUUGUAAGACCUGUAUUCAAAGCGUUGGGUCCGAAGCAUAACAGCCUGCCAGACAUCAUGAAAGUUCCUCCACCACUCCCGAAGCUUCACCACUCUAACAGCUCUAGUGGAACUCUCACUCUCAGCGCUCUAAAGUCCCCACCCAGUCUAACCUCACCAACCAACGGUGCUGCCAAUUGGCGUCUCACGUUUGCUCAACCUGCUGCCCAGUAUUUGGCCUUUCGUCAGCGCCUAGAAUCCAACUACGUGUCUCUUGAAAAUGUCUCCAUGGCAAACCAAAAGGGUGGCAACGACAACCUCUACCUCUACGGUACUAUCAAGGUGAAGAAUAUCACUUUUGAGAAACACGUCAAACUUCGUGUCACUUUCGAUCGGUGGGCUAGUUACAAGGAUUACCCAGCUGUUCACAAUGCUCAACUUUCUGGCAGCAGUGGCAACCCUCCCUAUGACACAUUUAUGUUCAACUUCAGUAUUGAGGUUUCCAAAAUGCCUGAACCUCGGGAGCUUCAAUUCGCGGUUUGCUUCCAGGCCGGACCGAACGGAAGUAAUGGAGAGUAUUGGGAUAACAAUGACGGCUGCAAUUACGUGGUGGUGGAGGAGGCCGUUCUGAUGCCGUCGCAGCUACUGGGAAAUGAGGAGUUUUUUCGCAACCGCCCAUCGAGGGGUACGGGGGAGAGCCCUAUGCGGACUGCGGUGGGUGGUACUGAACGCUCUCCUUUCUACUCCAGUCCGCCUGUCACCGUCUACACACAGGACUACCGGCCAAACUUCAAUGACUUCUCCUCCCUCACAUGCUACUCAUCUUGGCAACACUACGCCUCCGAGUCAAUGUACUACUAG